AUGCACUACCAAGCGGCAUCAUGGGGAAGCUACGUGAGCCCAAGGAACACAGUAGUGGGGGACCCACUGGAGCGCAUAGAGAGGUUGGCGUCGGAGAACGCGGUGGUGAUAUUCAGCAUGAGCACGUGCUGCAUGUGCCACGCCAUAAAGAGGUUGUUCUGUGGAAUGGGAGUGAACCCAACGGUGCAUGAGUUGGACGAGGACCCACGAGGGAAGGAGCUAGAGAGAGCCUUGAUGAGGCUUCUUGGUACCCCCUCUGUCCUCCCUGUUGUCUUCAUUGGUGGUAAACUUGUUGGCCCCAUGGACCGAGUCAUGGCUUGCCAUAUCAAUGGCUCUCUUGUCCCUCUCCUCAAAGAAGCUGGUGCUCUCUGGCUCUAA